GCCCCUGAGCACCUGGUCUGGAGGCUGGGACGGCAGGUGACCUCGCUCCCGAGCACAGACCUUGGCCCCCACGCUGCUGCCACCACCGGCGGCCAGGUCCCCGUCAGCUGACGCUGCGUGACCGGAGUGAGGCUGGCCUACGUUCGAGAAGUGGCUGCAUGGGGUCGGAGGAGGUCAGCGGGGUUCACCCUCCUGCCUCCAUCCAGGCUGUUCUGUCAGCAGCCACUUUGCACUUGACGGAGCCCCCCCACGCCACCCCCAAGUCCUUAUGACAGAAUACAGGCUUGUAACCCUCUGAUGCCAGUUUCGAAACCCAAAAGCCUAUGAACAGAAAGAUUUUUCAAGUUUGCAGCCAAUUCAUUUGGUAGCAAACCCUGAUGUGAAGUGGUGCCGUGUCUUUGGGAGGAAACAGUGACGCGAUGCUGGGUUGCCCCUCCCGUGCUGACGGCCUGGAGACGAGCCCGCAGACAGGUGUGACCAGGGUAGUGCGGAGCGUGCGUGCCUGCUGGAGAAGUGCCAGGACUCCCGGCCCAGUCCUUCCACACCAGGCACAGCCUGUGCCCUGCCCAGGCCAACCCCACCCCCUCCAGCCUAGGCACCAGGCUGCACGAGGGGCCCCUGUCAUGGCUCCACCUGGGGACCCGGUGGAGUGAGAGUGCAGCUGUGGCGGCGCUCCCCUGCACGCGGCUGCUGCUGCUGCUCAGUCUGCAGUCUCCAGGCCAAGGCCACGGGGCCCCCCAGGCACAGCGGGCCCUGGCCAGGGAGCCCGGUCGGGUAUAAAUAAAAGCCCCUCUUUGUCUGUCUCCCCUGCUCCCGCACAGGAGCCCUGGGCGAGGGGACCCUGAGUGCCCAGCUCUGCCCACAGCCCUGACCUGCAGCCCAAACAGGGAAGGGAGCCUCAAAUCACGUUUUUAAAUCUUGUUUCUCAGUGGUUUUGGCUACUAACUGGCUCGUUCCUGGGGGCCUGGGAGGGCUGCUGGCUCUGUCCCAAAGCCCACCUGCGCAGGAGAGUGUCCGCGGUGUUGAGAGCUCUUCCUGGUGGGGCACCAGCCGGGGCAGACUGGGCCCCAUGGCAGACCCUCCCCUCUCACAGGGACCCUCUCCACCGCUCACCUGGGCACCAGGAGAAACCUCCACCUUCUCCGCCCCCGCCCCACGCCUGUGCUCACCCCACCCCGCACACCUGGAUGACCCGCAGGCUCACGCUGCCCUUCUUCCUGGAAUGUCUGACCCGGCGCUUUCGCCACAUUGCCAAAAAAUGGGAGGAAUUUGCGCUGCGCAGAGAACGAGGAGCUAUUGGGAGUAGCCAACAGUGUGAACUCAGUCCUGCUUUCUUAACUGACCAACCCUGUGUUUGAGUUUGCACAAUGCCAGGAUACAAGCUCUCACUUUACGCCCAAGGUCACUCAUUUACCAGCACUUCUUGACUAUUGUAAUUUUUAAGUUAAUUAUCUUACUUUUGUUCACAAAAACUCGUCUACCUUGUCAUGCUUCACAAGAAGUUAUACUGCACGUCAAGUUCUUGAAUUUAAAAUCAGUUGGAAUUGGAGGCUUCCUCAUUUGUAAGCUGUGACAGCUGCCCCGGGGGCCACACCAUCUGCCUGAAGUUCUAUGUAUUUGAGAAACUGCUGAAGAAAGUCCCACACAUUGGGAGACUAUUAAAUUAUUUGAUACUUAUUCUCCAGCCUCCGAAUGCUCAAAUCUGUGUCUCCAAGGUUAGGCGACGUAUCUGAGAGGACGACACAGCAGGACCACAAGCUGGCGCUUCGCCUCCUACCGCCCGGUCACCCUGCUGGCUCUUUCUGUGGGUCCUUCCCUCCCGGCCGCUGGCCAGAGGCCGGCGAGUCUGUGGCCUGCGGCUCUCUGUGGAGCAGACCUGGGGGCAUCCCCAUGUCCCCCUGCAAGGGGCCUGUCUCACCAGCACCCUCCGUCACUGCACACAGUAAGCACUCAGGACAUUGGAGAUUGGAUGAGCAAACAGUAGUUUUCCUAAGAUUUCCAACCCGUCUGCACAUUACUUCACAAGCUGCCACUGGACCGCCAGAGGCUCCUGGUGAGGCUGACUCACUGUCCGUCCGCAGCAGCGAGCCCUCGGGGGAGCGUCUAUUUCUCUGCCUCGGCUCAGCAGCACUUGUCCUCCCAGGAGACACACCUGCAGGGAGCCCUCCCGCACCCACAGUGCACCUGCCUGCAGAAUGACGGGUGGAGGGCGCACUGCGCCCCUCUGCUCCCAGGUGCCUGCAGGAGCGGGUCGUGCAGAGCCCGCCCGCCGCCCGCCUCCUCCUGCAGAGCAGACCCUGGCCGCCAGGCUCCUGCUGACGGCUCCGAGUGAGCAACGUCCGGCUCACUUCUGAGGACGGCACCUUUCUUUCUAAAGAUGGAUGUGCUGCUUAAGUCGGGUUUCCGAGAGCCUCGCGGCAGAGCCUGAAGGCCGCACGUGGUGGAGGUGUGGGCAUGACCUCCCGAGCGCCCGUCUCUGGCAUGGAGACCGACCCCGGAGCCUACGACGGCACCCCCGUGGCGCUCAACCUGUCCCGCGUGCUGGCCGGCAGGGCACUAGCAAACCAGACAGGCGAGCUGGCGGCGCACCCGCACCCACAGUACGCCAUCGGGCUCUUCCUCUCCUGCCUCUACACCGUCUUCCUCUUCCCCAUCGGCUUCGUGGGGAACAUCCUGAUCCUGGUGGUGAACCUCAGCUCCCGGGAGAGGAUGAGCAUCCCCGACCUGUACUUCAUCAACCUGGCGGCGGCCGACCUCAUCCUGGUGGCCGACUCGCUGAUCGAGGUGUUCAACCUGGACGAGCAGUACUACGACAUCGCCGUGCUCUGCACCUUCAUGUCCCUCUUCCUGCAGAUCAACAUGUACAGCAGCAUCUUCUUCCUCACCUGGAUGAGCUUCGACCGCUACCUCGCCCUGGCCCAGGCCAUGCGCUGCGGCCUGUUCCGCACCAAGCAGCACGCCCGGCUCAGCUGCGGCCUCAUCUGGAUGGCCUCGGUCUCGGCCACGCUGGUGCCCUUCACCGCGGCGCACCUGCAGCACUCCGGGGACGUCUGCUUCUGCUUCGCAGACGUCAAGGAGAUCCAGUGGCUGGAGGUCACCUUGGGCUUCAUCAUCCCCUUCGCCAUCAUCGGCCUCUGCUACUCGCUCAUCGCCCGGGUCCUCGUCAAGGCCCACAGGCGCCGGGGCCUGCGCCCGCGCCGGCAGAAGGCGCUCCGCAUGAUCCUGGCCGUGGUCCUCGUCUUCUUCAUCUGCUGGCUGCCCGAGAACGUGUUCAUCAGCGUGCACCUCCUGCAGCAGGCGCAGCCGGGCGCCGAGCCCUGCCAACAGUCUUUCCGCCACGCCUACCCCCUAACCGGCCACAUUGUCAACCUCGCAGCUUUCUCCAACAGCUGCCUGAACCCCCUCAUCUACAGCUUCCUUGGGGAGACCUUCAGAUUCAAGCUGCGUCUGUACAUGGAGCAGAGAACAAGCGUGUCGGCCCUGAAUCGCUUCUGCCACGCGGCCCUGAAGGCCGUCAUUCCGGAUGCCGAGCAGCCAGAGGUGAGGUUCAGCAGCGUGGCGUGAGGGGAGCUGCUCCCGCACUCAGCACCGCCCGGGCGAGGGCACCGAGGGGGUCAGGGCAUGCCAGGGCCUCUCCCAGCUGGAGUGCUGCCACCCUCGGGCUCUCAGUCACUUGCACCAGCUGCUGCAGAGCUGGGCCACCACCGUGCUCCCGAUGGCAGUCACGGAUGCUACAGGCCUGGGACCCGCGUGGCCCUCUCCGCGCAGACUGUCUCACGGCAGCAACAAGGAGGGCGCUUUGGUGGAGCGCCUUCGUGCCAGGCAGCUCGCGAGGAGCCUGCCCCUCAGGAGAAAUGGAGCCUGAGGCUGAGCUGACACUGCCCCGUCCGUGUCCGCACGCUGCGUGCGUGCCCAGUGCCUUUGGUCCCCAGGUGAGAGUGACACCUGUGUGCUCAGGCUGCCUGGGCACCAUCGCUCCCUCCAUUCCAUCUGGACGCAGCAUCUCUGCAGCAGCGGAGUGGAGGGGCCCCGAGGGCGGCUCCGGGCACACGGCGAGACGCUCCAGCUCGCGGGGACAGUGGAGCAGUGAGGACGCCGUGAGAACAGUUCUGGGUAAAAUGUGAAGAGGUAACACCAGUGGUGGCUGGCACUGCUCAGCUCUGUGCUGGUGCCUCCAGGUUCUUGAAGCAGCUCCCUCCCGGGGCGGGUGGGGCUCACAGAGCCCCGUAAAGUCUCCUUCGCGAUGCGGCUCCUCACUCACGUGAGAGCUCUUAGCGGCCAACAUCUCACCGCAGCCCUGGACACGGCGGCAUCUCUGGGGGUCUGAGCCCUGCUGCACCAUCCUUGGGCAGAAUGUUCCACGCGGCCUCACUCUUCUAGAAGGUUCUGGCUGUCAGCACAAGCACAACCCGCAGUCCUGCAGGGACAGCUGCAACUCCGGGCAGGCAGCGAGUCCGCAGGCGGGGUCCCGAGAAGUGGGCAGGUCUGUCCAUCAGGUGGGGUGGCCCCAGGACAGCAGCGGGGCCCCCACAGGCUGCCCCGGAUGCACUGAACCAGCUUCCGGGAGCAUGAGGCCUGGGAGAGCCCCGUAAAAGGUCCGGGGUGUCUGACAGUCCCUGCCCCUCCCCCCAUCGGACGGGCAGGUGAGUGCGUGCUCACGCCUGCAGCUGCAGCUGUCACACACCCAGAAAACAUCAGCUCUCCAACAGAUCUGACUCCUGCUGUUGAGCAGUGAGUGCGGAUCCCGCCUGGAAAUACCAGUUUAAAAGCCAAGGGAAUGCAGGUCACCAGACGGACUGAUCCCAAGGGUCCUCCUGGGUGGCCUCCACCGAGCGCUUAUCGCAGGAUGCUAGCUGCGACUCGAGGUGACGAGAGCCCCCGGGGUGGCAGCGUCCUUGCACACAGAGAGCCUGUGCACCCCUCAACGCCCCCGCACAGCUAUGAAUGAGCUGGUCCUCGGGCCGUUUCCCGCCCUGCGUCCCCUGGGAGGAAUGGGCUGUCCCGAGUCUGUGGUUCCUGUGGCCCUUGCACAGGCUCUGAAGGAAGAUGCGCGGACUCAGUCUCGCAGAGCCGCCACCUGGAUCCAGGUGAGUCGCCCAGGCCCCAGGAGACUGGGUCCUCCAGGGAAGUCACUGCUUCAACAAACAAGAGACGGGGGACAUCCUCCUGAGACCCGGCCCAGCAUGGAACACUCCGUCCCUGGCCAACAACAUGGCAUUUUUCUUUGCUGACUCAACAAUGCAAACGGCCCAGGAACGGAGAAAACCCCAGCAGGCCACUGUCUCAGAGGACACUGGUCUCAUCGAGCAGCUCCUUCCAAGAAACGGAGUUAAAUGCAAAGGUCCUCCCUUGCCACAACAGCGCUCUCCCCCACAGCAGCGCCCGAGCUGCCCGAGGGGAGACCUGCUUCCGGGCUCCCCGAGUCCCUUUCUAAGUCCCCUGAGUCUCACAAUUCCAUCCCCUACCCGACCCCGGGCGAGGGCGGCUCAGACAGCACAUGUCCAAUCCCCCUUAAAGCCGAGCGCCUAAAAGGACGGACUCCCACCCGAGCUGGUGUGGCUCAGUGGAUAGAGCGUUGGCCUGCAGACGGAAGGGUCCCGUGUUCGAU